UCUGUUCUCUAGUCCCUGCAUGGAAGUGGAAUUGCUAGGGAGACGAGGGAAUCCCCCUAUAGUGUCGCCUCACUCCUGAUGAAUUUGCAUCAACGUUACCAAGCUUGGUUUUAUCCGUCUCAGUCUGCCUGUUCCAUUCGCUGCGUCCACAAGCAUGGCUUGGAGUGAAGUAUAGCGCCACAUCAUCUCGGACUGUCAACCCGUGGAGAAUACACAACUGAUGCUGUACAACAAACGGUGUAUUUUACAGAAGAAAUUCAUCAGAGGAACCAGGCAACCACCAAGUGACUUCGACAAUAUGGCAUUGAGCGGGACGCUUUUGCCAUCCAUAUCCACAUUUGCAAGCGGCCCGAAUGGCAAGAAUAAAUCCAUGGGACAUGCGAAUUUGAGAUGGAAGGAGGAUAUCUCCACUGGCAUGACCAAGAAAGAGCCUGAAGAUCUGGACCUACUAGACUAUGACUUCAUCCUGUCCAACACUAUGCUACAACAGCAGGCUGAGGCCAUGGCAGCAAGUGGGUCCCAGAACCUGUCCCCUUCCCCGGGCUCCUACUCCUCCUACCAGCUCCCCUCUCCCCAGGACUCUGCCCACAGUGACAUGCUGUACACCAUCCCUGACAUCAGCGACGUGUCCCCCUCUGGGGGGUUCGUGGCCGAACUGAUGAGGCCUGAACUGGACCCAGCAUACCUCCACCCCACCAGCCUCCAUGGCAAGUUUGUGGUGAAGACCACCAUGGAUAUGGCAGAAUACGGCCAAAGCAUUAAUGUGAUUAGUAAGACCAGUGUUGGUGUCAGUGCUGCCACGGACCCCUCCUCCUUGCCGUUUGUUUGUCAUAUGAUAAAGCAGGAGAACCCCAGCAUGUGCAACAUCACCCAACCCAUGGAUCUCCACCUUGGGGGGGUGAACUCACACUCCCAGCCCAGAACUGGACAGAGGCCUCACCUCGACCCCCACGGUUUCUCCCCAGGGGGGCGUCCUAUGACAGCCAGCCGAUCAGCCUCAUCUCUGUCUCCAGACCACCACCCUUCCAGCCAGGUGUUACCCCACCCCCAGAUCCCUCUGCCUGGCCAGGGCUACCACCACAGCUCUCCGACAGGCUACUCGCCCUUCCCUCAACAGCCUGGGUCUCUACGGUACCAAGAGCUUAUGUCCCCGGGCGGAGACUGUCUACCGGAGGAGCCUAAACCCAAACGCGGCCGGCGCUCCUGGCCCAGGAAGAGAAUCGCCACACACACGUGUGACUACGCCGGCUGUGGGAAAACAUACACCAAGAGCUCCCACCUCAAAGCACAUCACCGAACGCACACAGGAGAGAAGCCUUAUUGCUGUGACUGGGAGGGCUGCGGCUGGAAGUUUGCCCGUUCAGACGAGCUCACACGGCACUACAGGAAACACACCGGGCAUCGCCCCUUCCAGUGUGCCAAGUGUGACAGGGCCUUCUCAAGGUCUGACCACUUGGCUCUACACAUGAAGAGACACCUAUGAGACACUCACUGGACACCAUGGACCAAGACUAAAAUACUAUAAAUAUUAUUACACAGCGACCUGAACUUGUGACUUACAAAAAAAACAUUGCCUUCUAGCCAUCCAUUGUCAAAGCACCAAUACAAGCUGUGUGUUUCCUGGUAGUGUUACACUCUCAAGGGUCCAACCCUAUGACUAAAGACUGUUCUUUGUCCAUCUAUGGGCUUGUGAUCUGACAUUUGACAAGACCCCUCAGAACAACCUCUUUUGUGGGACCAAACUGGAAUUGCUCAUCUAUUUAUCGACAAAACCUGGAGGACUAGGUGCCAACGUAUGACUGGAAAUGUAUUAACAGAGAUUUACAGGGACAGCCCUAGCCACUAAGCGACCACCGUUUUUUAAAAAUUGUCUGAAGAUUAUGAUCAUUUUUCCUAAAAUGUAAAUUGCCUUUCACAUUCUAACGGGGGAGGAAUCAGAAAGAUCACUACUGGAAUUAUUUGCAUUAUAAGUCAAAACUUUCUCAGAGCAAGCUCAACUUGCCCGACUGCUAUAAAUGCCAUACAUUAUCUGUCUUUCAGUCAAAUAAUGGGGAGGAACCAGAAAGAUCAGUUUCAGGCUACUGGAAGUCUUAGCAGUUUGGUUGUUUUCACUGCAACAAUGGGUCAACCUCAGAGCAGGCUCAACUUGCGCGACUGUUCAGUUCACUUGACCCUGGCCCUUAAUGUCAUUCCCUGUAUUGGUUAUCAGGGAAACAAGAGACUCAGACUGAACACAGAAGUGACGGCACAGAAGUGACGGCACAGAAGUGACGGAAACACAUCCUAAGAGGCCUUCUAUCUAUUCAAUCAGAAACAGUCCAUUUGUCUUUGUUUGUGAAGUUCAUACUGUUCAACAUACUGUAUUAGACAUUUAUAUUUAUAUUACUCUAUUCUUCCAAGCCAUUGACUUCAGGUACACAUUAAAUGUAUAUGUUACAGGAUGGUGCUCCAAGACUUUACUAUAUUAAAAGGUACCAAAGAAUUUGAAACAGAAAACUGAUAAGAGUAUCAGUGUGGUGGUCUUGUCUGUGAGUUUCCUGGAGACCUCUUUUCUUCCACAAUUUGACUUUAAUCAGGUGAAUUACUUUGCUCCUCAUUGGUGAUGGCAAUCUCUCAACACGCUGUGGUCGCAAAGUGCAAUAAUGUUAAAUGAGACAUUCAUAUUAUUUUUUUAAAGAAAUGAGUAACUCUGAACAAAGUUUUUUGUUUAUAGACAAAAUAUGUUAUAUAAUCUUAAAUGUUGUACAUUUGUAAAUAAAAUGCUUUUAAAUGUUUUGUAUUGUCUUUUACAACAUAAAGAAUAAAAUAUAUUUGA